AGCGCCGUGUGUGUGUGGAGUACAUAUAGAAGUACGCUUUUAAGUUGCCAUAUUUACGCGCACGACCUGCAGCUGCCAGAGUCAUCGUAACCAGUCGGCUGAUCCCCGCGUGAAGCAGCGCAAUUUCACUAUUCCCAGCAGCUAAAGCGAACUUUUGCGGGAACGUUGUUUAAAACUUGUCGUUGUCGUGGACGUCGUUUUAGUUGUUGACUUUUAAUCACCCGUUUGCCGGUGCUGCUAAUAAACCUAUUGUGUUGCUAUUUGAAUAGAUUUGCUUUCCCCAUAUUUUAUCGCAAUUUGUGUACGUAGAGGAGUGUUAUAAAACCGGCAAGCAGUAGCCGGUAAAAUAUUGUUUUCUCUAUUUAAUUGUGUACAUUGAAAUUUUAAUUGUACAUUUUAAAGAGUGCGGAAAGCGGUCUAGUCCGAUUAUGUCCCAGAAUCAACGUGACACUCUUAUACAUUUGGUCGCUGGCGGAACUGCUGGUACAGUUGGUGCUGUUGUGACUUGUCCCUUGGAAGUGGUUAAAACACGCCAACAGAGUUCAACUUCUUUUAUCGCGCCGACACGUCUCGAACCGGCAAGCUCCACAAAUGGCUCCAGCGAAUUGUUACGACCCGAACAGCGACGUAAAUUGAGCACGACAAUUUUGCGUAAGAGGUCACAGCCACAGAUAAUGGCUAUCUCACAUUGCGGCAUCUCAUCCACCUCCACAAAAUCAAUGAGCAUCGUGCAAUGUUUAAGACACAUAGUACAAAAUGAAGGCCCACGCGCUUUAUUCAAAGGUCUGGGACCGAAUCUUAUUGGUGUGGCACCUUCACGAGCUAUAUAUUUUUGCACCUACUCACAAACAAAGAAUUUUUUAAAUAGUGUAAGUUUCCUGCAAACCGAAUCACCGCAAGUGCACAUACUAAGUGCUGCCAGCGCUGGUUUCGUCUCGUCCUCACUAACAAAUCCCAUUUGGUUUGUUAAGACGCGUCUGCAGCUAGACUACAAUUCCAAAGUGCAAAUGACCGUGCGUCAAUGCAUAAAUCGGGUGUACUCGCAAGGUGGCAUAGCUGGUUUCUACAAAGGCAUCACCGCCAGUUACUUUGGCAUCUGUGAGACAAUGGUGCACUUUGUCAUUUACGAGUUUAUCAAAUCGAAAUUGAUUGAAAUGCACAACACACGUAACGGCGAUGCCAAAUCAUCGAAAGAUUUUCUGGAAUUUAUGAUGGCUGGUGCCAUUUCAAAGACUGUAGCAUCUUGCAUUGCAUAUCCGCAUGAAGUGGCGCGUACAAGACUGCGGGAAGAGGGUAAUAAAUAUAAUACAUUUUUCCAAACGUUACACACCGUCUGGAAGGAGGAAGGGCGGGCUGGACUAUAUAGAGGCUUAGCGACACAACUGGUGCGGCAA